AUGUGGAUUUACAAACGGAUGCCUCGAAUUGUGGCUCAUGUGGACAUCAGUGCCUUUUUGGUCAACAAUGCUGUGCUGGAUUGUGUAAAAGUGUACUGUCAGACCCUACCAACUGUGGCUCAUGUGGCACAACUGUAA